AUGGCAACCUUCAAAUCUGUCCCUGCCACUAUGAGGGCUGUCGUCCUCACUGACAUCGGUGGAACCGAGAAGCUCCAGUACAUCGACUCACAGCCUACACCUGAGCCCACCGAUGGCCAACUACUAGUCCGCAACACUUUUUCAGGCUUCAACUUCGUCGAUAUAUACUUCAGGACUGGGAUGUAUCCCUCGCCCUCGGGAUAUCCUCUAAUUCUCGGCCAAGAAGGGGUCGGCAUUGUGGUAGCCGCUCAUGAAAACAAUACCAACGGGUUCAAGGUGGGAGACAGAGUUGUCUGGGCAGGCCAAGCUGGAUAUGCCGAGUUUACCAUCGUCCCUGCUGCGCGGGCAAUCCGUGUUCCUCCAGAAGUUUCCGAUAAGGACGCCCUUGGGAGCCAUCUGGCAGGCAUGACCGCUCUCAGUCUCGUCAAAGAGGCAUUCCCGGCGUCGAAAGGUCAAACAGUCCUAGUUCAUGCCGCAGCAGGCGGUGUGGGCUCUCUUUUGUGCCAGAUUUUGCACAACGAAGGGGUCAAUGUCAUCGCGACGGCCGGAGGGGCAGAAAAGUGUGCUAUCUCUCUUGAUUCGGGUGCAGCUCAUGUGAUUGACUACAGAGCUUCUAAUGGACCUGGAUGGGUCCAGAGAGUGCUGCAACUCACGGAUAACCAAGGUGUCGACGCGGUCUACGACAGCGUCGGAAAAGACACCUGGAAAGGCAGCAUCGAAGUUACUAAGCGGAAAGGCAAGGUGGUAUUCUACGGAAGUGCAAGUGGGCCAGUUCCUCCUUUGGAUCUUUCCUUGAUCCGUGCGAAGAAUCUAUCGGUCAUCCAGCCAACGCUGCCUAUGUAUAUAGCUACAAGGAAGGAGCUUGAGUUUUACGCUCAUGGGGUGUUUGAUUUACUGAACAAAGGCAAGCUCAAAGUGAACACUACGAGACUUUAUAGUUUGGAAGAGGUUGCACAGGCACACAAAGACAUGGAGGCCCGGGUCACAAACGGAAAACUCUUACUCAAGCUGUAA